CAAAAACAAAAACAAAAACAAAAAACAAAAUGGCACUCUCACCUUUGAGAUCAAAGUUCCUCCACCACAACCGCUCUCUCAGCUUGCCUUCCAAAUCAUCAUCAUCCUCUCAUCUUGAUGUCAACGUCUCCGGCUUCGAGGCCUCCUGUUCCUCAUUGUCAUCAAUGGAGAGCAGCAUCAAAGGCCUCAAAAACUUGUACACCUCCAUCGACGAUUUGCUUCUGCUUCCUCACAUCCAACAGAUCAUCUCCCGCUGCGAAUGGAUUCACCAAGUGUUGGAUGGCUACGUCAGGCUCUUGGAUGCCUCCUCCACAGCCAGAGAUCUCAUCUCCAGCACAAAGCAGCACGUGCAAGAGCUGCUCUCUGCGCUGCGGAGGAAGGAUGCCGAUGGCAUCCGCUGCUAUCUCAGCUCCACAAAGAAGUCAAAGAAGAUCAUCCAGAAAUCUUUGAAGAGUUUCAGGAGCAAGUCCAUUGUUGCACCCUUGGAGAAGGGCAGCGAGGCGUGGGAGCUCGUGCAGAAGCUGAGCGAUGCAGAGUCGAUCACCGUUGCCACUCUUGAAUCUCUGCUGGCCUACUUGAUUGGGGGUAGGAUGCAGAGUGGGUGGUCCUUGGUGGCCAAGCUGAUGCACUCCAAGAAAGAGAGCAAUUUCCAUGGUGCUAAUGAAUUUGAGAAGAUGGAAGCCCUCUUGCAAAUCUGCUUAGAAGGUGUGCAAGUUGAGGAGGUCAUGACUCUAUCUAAAGAGGUGGAUUCCAGCAUUCAGAAUGUUGAGCAAGAGCUGGAGUGCUUGUUUAGACAGUUGAUUAGAACCAGAGUGUUACUUCUAAACUUUCUCAACCACUAGAAAAUUUUGUAUAUCAACAAUAUGUAUAUUCAAUUUACUGGAAAAAAAAGAAAGUAUACAGAUUUCAUCUA